AUGAAGAAAGCAUCCGCCAACACCUGGGACGAUGAUUGUGAAGCAGCUUUCCGUGUGAUCAAAGACAUUCUCACCCAGCCCCCCAUCAUGAACCGACCCUCCCCCGGUGAGGACCUCCAAGUUUACCUGGGAAUCUCCGAGACCUCGGUCAGUGCAGUCUUGCUGCAAGAAAAACCCACUCCCAAACUUAUUUACUUUGUCAGCCGGACGCUGACCGACGUCGAGACCAGGUAUCAACAAGUGGAGAAGGUGGCCUUAGCCCUCCUUCAUGCUUCUCGGAGAUACGAGCCGAGAGGUUCUGUUAAAGGGCAACACUUAGCUGACUUUGCGGCUGAAAUACCAUUGACCGGCCUCGAAGAGUGGGUGUUAUACGUUGAUGGGGCGUCGGGCCGAACGGUUAGUGGAGCAGGGGUCGUUUUGGAAGGUCCAAACAGUUUCCUGAUGGAACACUCGUUAAUCUUCAAGUUCAAAACCUCAAAUAACCAGGCAGAGUACGAAGCCUUGUUGGCUGGGUUACAAUUAGCCAAGGAUAUGGGGGCCCGCAAAGUGAUAUGCCGGACCGACUCGCAACUAGUGGUCGGCAAAAUGAACGGCGACUUCCAGGUACGGGAAGAUCACCUCCUAAGGUACUAUCACCAGGCAUGUUCUUUGGUGAAGGACUUUGAGGAUGUGAAAAUUCAGCAUAUCCCCCGGGAACAGAACGCCUGGGCAGACCUACUAUCCAAACUCAGUACUAGAAAGGAGAAGGGGCAGUUAACGACCAUCAUCCGACAGGUCCUUCUGCAACCCUCGGUCGAGUGUUUAACCAUCACAACGGACGAUACUGCCGACUGGAGGGUCGAGGUUCGAGAGUUAAUCCGUAAGCAAGAUAGCGGCGAGAGUUUAUGUCCGGCGGACUCCAAGAGAGUUGCCCGAUUCAUGAUAAUCGGUAACGACCUGUACCGUCGGGGUUUCUCGUCCCCCCUACUCAAAUGCUUGGCGGAAGAUGAGGCACAAUACGUGAUGAAUGAAUUACACCUCGGAGUAUGCGGAUUUCACACGGGAGGACGAGCACUCAAGGCCAAAAUAUUACGGGCAGGAUAUUAUUGGCCGACGAUGGAGGACGACGCUGCACAGUUCACACGCCGGUGCAUUUAG